AUGGCGUACAACGAGUACCUCAACGAGUACUACGCCAAGAUCGGGCUUUUUGGGCAGGCAUCCUGGUGGGCUCCCUGCCCUGACGCCCCUCCACCCCCCCACCCGCAGGCGAGCGAGGACUGUGAGAGCGUGGGCCACUGCCCCUCCUGCCAGAGGCUCUUCAUGAUCCUGCUCCUCAAGGGUGCCCGCCCUGGGAGGGGGGUCUGCCCCAUGGAGCUCAGUGGCACCUGUGCCCACAGGUCCCUGGACGUGCUGAAGGACUUCGCGCCCGGCUCCCAGCUGCCCAUCCUGCUCUACGACGGUGAUGCCAAGACGGACACGCUGCAGAUCGAGGAGUUUCUGGAGGAGACACUGGGGCCCCCCGAGUUCCCCAGCCUGGCACCCCGCUACCGGGCUUCCGCCACGGCGGGCAACGACGUCUUUCACAAGUUCUCUGCCUUCAUCAAGAACCCGGUGCCCGAGCAGGACGAUGCCUUGUACCAGCAGCUGCUGCGCGCCCUCGCCAGACUG